AUGAGGAAAGCAGAGGUAGUGUUUAUCCCAUUACCUGCAAUGGGCCACGUUAUAGCUGCAGUAGAGAUGGCUAAGCUUAUUGUUGAACGUGGAGAUCGAAUCUCAACAAGUGUCCUUAUCAUGCAUCCACCUCUUGACCCCAGUACAACCAAAUACACAGAGUCACUCACUGCAUCAAAUCUACCCAAUCGUAUGCGAGUCGUUGACUUACCAGGUUUUGAGCAGACUGCAGUAUCUAAUACUGGCGGCAACUGGAUGGCUUCUUUGGCUGAUGCCCAAAAACCCCAUGUCAAAGAAUUUGUUUCCAAGAUCAAGACUCAGUCAGAGUUGAGCCCUGACUCUCCUCUACUUGCUGGGUUUGUUUUUGAUACUUUUGUUUUGGGAAUGGAGGAUUUGGCUGAAGAUUUUGGUGUUCCCUGGUAUAUUUUCUCUGCAUCAGGUGCAGCUUUUAUUGGCUCCAUGUUGCAUCUCCAGGCCCUUCAUGAUGAGCAGAAAGUGGAUCUCUCUGAGUUUGAAAACUCGGAUGCUGAGUUGGAAAUUCCAAGUUUGGUGAACCAAUUUCCUGCUAAGCUCCUGCCUUCUAUGGUGUUUAAUAGAGUAUCGCUCCCUGCUUUUCUUGAUGCUGCAAGAAGGUUGAGAAAGACUAGAGGAAUUGUGGUAAAUACACUUAAAGAGUUGGAAUCACAUGCGGUUAACUCUCUUUCUAAUGGUGAAAUCCCUCCGGUAUAUCCCGUAGGACCAAUUGUGAGAUGUCAAGGAAAUGACUAUGAUUUUGGAUCGGAUCGAAUCAACGAUUAUAAAGACAUCAUGCAGUGGCUCGAUGAUCAGCCUCCAUCAUCAGUAGUGUUUUUAUGCUUUGGGAGUUGGGGAAGUUUCGGUAUUGAUCAAGUGAAAGAGAUUGCCUGUGCACUAGAGCAAUGUGGACAUCGAUUCUUGUGGUGUCUACGGAAACCUUCUUCCAAGGGUAAGAUUGAAUCACCAACUGAUUUUGUAAAUUUCCAAGAAACUUUACCCCAAGGGUUUUUGGAUCGGACGGUUGAAACAGGCAAGUUGGGAAUAGCGGUGGAGAUUAAAAUAGAUUAUAGAAAGGAUAUUUCUUCCAAGGAUGGCAGCAAAGUAACUGUGAGCUCGGACAGUAUAAAAAAAGGAGUAAAGCUUGUAAUGGAGCAAGAUAGUGAGAUAAGAAAUAAAGUAAAAGAGAUGAGUCAAUUAAGCAGGAAAGCUUCGGUGGAUAAUGGAUCUUCAUACUCUGCAUUGGCUAGUCUAAUUGAAGACAUGAUGAAGAACAUCGCGUGA